AUGCCUGCUUUCGACGAAUCUCCAGAGCCCAAGGCCCAAGCGGCCCAUGAUUUGUCGGCGAUGCCAGCAACAGAGCUUCCAGAGCUCGUCAUGAAGACCGAUGAGAUCCGUAAUGGAGCCAACGGCCAUACCAACGGCCAUACCAAUGGCCAUAGCACAGAUCCUUUCAAGCUCAGUCAAGAGUUUGCAUACACGCCGCGCAGAAUCAAGGUCAUCACCAUUGGUGCCGGCUUCUCUGGUCUUCUCAUGGCACACAAAUUUCAACAUCGCUUUCCCGAGAUGGAAGACAUCGUAGAUCAUACCAUCUUUGAAGCCCGAAGCGACAUUGGUGGUACAUGGCUGGCGAACAAUUACCCUGGAGUUCAAUGCGAUGUCCCAGCUCACAUCUAUGCAUUUCCGUUCGACCCCAACCCCAACUGGGAGAGGUUCUAUGCCAGUGGAGGUGAUAUCCUGUCAUACAUGAAAGCAACAGUCAGGAAAUGGAACCUUGAUCGUGACUUGCAGCUCAACACCCGAGUCAUCGGGGCUGAGUGGCUAGAUAACUUAGGCCAAUGGAAGGUUAUAGUAGAGCAUGAAAACAUCCAGAGAGAAGAGUACUGCCAUGUGUUGAUCUCGGCCCAGGGAGUACUUGUGCACGAGUCGUGGCCAAAGAUUCCUGGACUGAAAGAUUUCAAGGGCCAUACGACCCAUUCAGCAAGCUGGGAUCACAACUACGACUAUUCCAACAAGCGCAUAGCUGUGAUCGGCAAUGGCUCGUCGGGCAUCCAAAUAGUUCCUCAGAUGGCCAAGCUGCCUGGUACCGAGGUCACCAACUUUGUCCGCGGCCCUGCGUGGGUCUAUUACAGAGCUCCUCCUUCGAAGCAUCUGGGCAGAGAGGAUGAUGACCCAAACCCUCGAUACUCGGAACAAGAUAGAGCCCGCUUCCAAGACCCAGAGCUUCAUCUUCAACAUCGUAAAGGCAUCAUCUCACGAACCAACAAGUCCUUUUACAUCUUCAGAAGAGGUGAGAAUAAUGAAGCAGGCAUGAAGAUGGCGGCCGAGCAAAUGGCUGAGAAGCUUGGCCAUGAUCCCGUUCUAUGCUCGAAACUGAUCCCCAAGUGGGAGUUGGGCUGCCGUCGUAUAACCCCCGGGCCUGGUUAUCUGGAAUCGUUCCUGCGACCAAAUUGUCAUCUGACGGAUAGUGCUAUCACACAAGUGACUCCGAAUGGCCUUCGGACUGCCGAUGGCAAGGAGCAUGAGGUAGACGUCAUCAUUUACGCUACCGGCUUUGAUGUCUCUUUCCAACCACGCUAUCCGAUCAUCGGCUUGAACAACGUGGAUCUCCGAGAACAGUGGAAGGAGGAUCCUGAAGCAUACAUCUCAGUCGCCGUACCGUCCAUGCCCAAUUACUUCAUGAUGAUGGGCCCUAACUGUCUCGGCGGACACGGCUCACUCGUAGAAUCUCUCAACUGGACAGGUGACUACUUCGUCAAGUGGAUCAAGAAGAUGGCAGCCGAGGAUAUCAAGCACAUUGUCCCUAAGCAAGACAAGGUCGACGCCUUCAUCAAGUAUUGCGACCAGAUCCACAAGACGCUCGUCUGGAGCGGUGGCUGCACCAGCUGGUACAAGAGAGGCAAGGUUGACGGACGAGUUACGGCGCUGUUUGGUGGUAGCGCCCAUCUCUUCAAUCGAAUGCUCGGUGAUAUCCGUGCCGAGGAUUUCGACAUCACUUACAACACUUCAAACCCGUUCAGGUUCAUGGGCAACGGUUUUACGGCUUUUGAGAUGGAUCCUGAGAGUGAUCUGUCUUGGUAUGUGGAGAAGGCAGAAACGCUUCGAUGUUAG